AUGGCCCAAGCCGUGGAAGAAUGGUACAAGCAGAUGCCGAUCAUUACCAGGUCAUACCUCACGGCAGCUGUCCUCACGACGGUUGGAUGCACCCUCGAGGUUGGUGGAGGACUAGAAAUGAGGGAAUAAGCUGGGGAAUUGGGUUCUGGCAUCUCUUUCCCCUUUGAAUUGAAUUAUAAUCUUUCAGUAAGCUGCUUCCCGCUUUUUCCCGUCAUUGAAUUGGGGAACGUUAUCUGUUCUUGCUCAAUGGAGCCAAGGCAUCGAUUUUUCUAUCGUGAUAUGGUGUCUCCCAUAUGAAUUUACCCAUUUUUUUCUACAUUUAAUGACAGGACCGUUUUUUUGGAGCAACUAGGUGAAAUAUGAUCUUCCUUUAUCCUCAUUGAUUUCUUUGUUUAUUUUUUUCGCAGAUAAUAUCUCCUUACGAUUUAUACCUGAACCCCAAGUUUGUUCUCCAACGUUAUGAAUUAUGGCGCCUGAUCACAAACUUUUUGUACUUCAGGAAAAUGGGUAAUUCUCAUUAUUUUUGGUCCAUGUUUUUUCUUUUUUUUGUGGUAAUGAAGUUAGAUAGGCAUCUGCCCCAGUUUUCAUUUUCCUUUGGGAAUUUUAAUUUCUUUCUUAGCUUCUGUCGGAUGAGCGAGACAUUUUUUUUUUAUUGGAAAAGGUUAGUGUACCGCAAAUUCCUUCUGAUAAAUCGAGGAACAGAAUCCAUAACUCGGUUAAUUACGAUUCAAUACACAAAGCAAACAUUAGCCUGUCCUUCUCUUCAUGGUAAAUCGUAAGCAGCAAACUUAUUUUAAUUUUUUUUUCCGCUUUUGAGAAUGGAGAUUUCGAUGAUCCAGUACUUGUGUACACUUCACUCCGAUAUCCCUUUCCCACCUAAAUAUUAGUUCAUGCCUUGAGCGAUACCUCAAGAAUAUUGCACGAGAGGGAUCAUUAAAGAACCUUCAUUCUGUGAGAUCAUGAUCCACCUUUGUCACGUUUUUAUCACCUUUGAGUUCAGGUUGUUAGUAUUUAUGGGUUAACUCUAUGAAGAUCAUAUUCUAUAUUGAAUAAUAUGGAUUUUACUAUGUGCAAGGUAAUAAUGUUUAGUAAUGUGAUUGAAAUGAACUUUGUUUAAGUGAAUAGAAGAUCACAGAGUAUUCUCCAUACACUCUAGUGAGUUUUUUUUUUCAUUUUGAUUUGUAGUGGAAAAAAGGUGUUGUUAUUGUUGGAAUGGGCAUCAAUAAAAGAAUGUCAUUAACUAUUGAAAAAAGCAUCUUUAGUCCAUUUUCUGAGAAUUAAAUCAACAAUUCUUUUUCGAGGGAUAUUUAUGUAGGAGCCAAAUGCCUUGAGACAUGAACAGAAUAAGACUUGGACCAAAAAAUAUGACACCCCCACCCCCACACAAUAAAUCUGUGCUCUCGUUUCCUUCAGAUAAAAAUAGUUGUCAAACAUCUCUGGGACUCACAUCUCCCCUAGAGAAGAUCAAUCAUCAGCAAGAAGUUUUGCCUUCCUCCUAAACUAAAUUUGACUAAAUUUGACACCAAGCUUCUAUUGCUGCUUUCCUUCUAAACUAACCAAAAAAUUUCCAGCAACAACAUUAACCACCCCCCCUAUAAAUAUUGACUCUCCCUUUCCCAUGAAUCAAUUUCUGUGAACGCUUUCUUGGUUUUGGACUUUUUGUUUUUAAGUUGUCUUGGAGAUGCACUCUCCGAAGGUUGAUAUUAACAUGUAGAUAUUCUUGAAUUUUGAUAAAAUUAUUGUCCUCUCCCACCAUUUUAUGUCUUAGCUGAACGAUAGCCUUUUCUCAUAACUAAUCUUCUCUUGUUAUACUGAUUGAACGAGGGGGAUUGGCCACUUUGGAAGAUUAAGACCGAAGACAUUUUGGUUCAUCCCGAAAUGAUUUCUCGAUUAGGUUCCGUUUGUGGCAGACAUGAAUCUUCUUCCCAUGUUUUCCCUAUUCUUUGGAAUUAGAUAUUUUGGGAAGCUGCAUGCAGAAAGGGGAGGUAAACGUUUGUAGAAAUAUAGAUACUUUGGCUAAAUAUCGAAUCCUCUGGGCAUCAAUAGAUGUUGACGCCUUGGCAAGCCAGUAUUAUUGGUUGACUGAUCUCAUAAUGUUAUAAUAAACGUCAUCAUUAACCAAUAGUUACUGUGAUUUUAUAUUAUAGAUUUGGAUUGUCCUAGGAUGGUAAUUAACAGAGUGAAGUUCGAUCAUACAACAGAAGAUGGCUGACCUCAAAUGACCUUUGACAAAAAUAGGGGUACUGUUACCAGCUUGAAAGUUGGAUAAACUGGAAUCCAGAAUCGAAGCUAAGUUCACCUGUUUAAUCUCAGCCGGUUAUCAAAGCAGGGAUUUAGGACCUGGCCCAUGGACCUGCUUUAAAUAAAUAAUCAUAUAUCCCACUAAUACAAAAAAAAUAAUUUUAUUAAAUUCAUGGAUCACCAUGAAGUGAAUCCAUUCAAUGAUUCCGCAAGAGAAGGCCAAGAAAAUAUGGGGAUCAGAUGGUAUUCCUCAUUGUAAACAUUAUUGCCAUUGAUUUCUCCUUUUUCGGUACUUUGCAACUGACUUUUUUAUUUGAUUUUUUUGGCGUUUCUCUCAUCGUGCAACUUAUAAAAGCUCUUCAAAAUGUUUUCAAGUAGAGGAUCAUCAUUUUCAUCCUAUUUUUCUUUAACUGGUUAUAAACUCUUCUUUUAUCUGCAGACUUGGACUUUCUCUUCCAUAUGUUUUUCCUUGCCCGGUAUUGCAAGCUACUCGAAGAGAAUUCAUUCCGGGGACGGACUGCAGAUUUCUUUUAUAUGCUAUUGUUUGGUGCGACCAUCUUGACUGUGAUCGUGUUCCUCGGCGGGAUGAUACCCUAUGUGUCAGCAUCCUUUGCCAACGUCCUCUUCCUCAGCAAUUCGUUGACUUUCAUGAUGGUCAGUAAAUGCAAUCCUCCCACAGGCCAUACAUUCCAUUUAAAUCUAUUUUAUAUCCUUCUGAUCUUAAAUCCCAGUAUGUGCUGCUGUGUUUCCUAAUUUAGGUCUACGUCUGGAGCAAGCAGAAUCCUUUUGCUCCCAUGAGCUUCCUUGGCCUGUUCACCUUCACAGCUGCCUAUUUACCAUGGGUAAGUGCCACCUGGUUAUCACAGAUGUCUAAGAAGAAUCAAUUGCUGAAUAUCUUCUUCAUUAUCUUAUUUGAAGGAAGCAUGCAAUUCUUUCUAUAAACGAGUACAUGAAACGUCAUGAUUUCAAGAAGCAAUAAAUAGUAGAUGAUGGGUAAUAAUCGAAUUUCUCAAAUAUGUUGAUCUUGCCAAGUUAUUGUUGAGAAAUUCUUCAUCCUGACUUAAAACUCUUACCUAACCCACACACUAGUUCUUCAUAGGGCUCUCAGAUGAGUUGAGCCCAGACCCAGUGGGCUUUUGUAAGGCCUGGGCCCGGAGAAAAAAUCAUAUGUCUGGACUAUAUGAAUUUUGGGGUCCACACUUAUCUUUAAAUUAAUGGUUUUUCUUGAUCUGGAAAAUCAAAUCUUUGAUUAUUUAUUUUUUGUUUUCCUCUUAUGGGCACAGGUCCUCCUGACUUUCUCUGUGCUUGUUGGUGCCAAUCCCUGGAUAGAUCUUCUGGUGAGUUUCCUCCUACUAAUGUCUCCAAGACCAUCAUAACGUGUAUAAAGAAUGCCCCCUAUUGUUUCCUUUUUGAAGUCUGGUGUAGCUUCAAUCUCCCAAUCUAGGGGCUUGUUCCCAUCAAUGGUCCAUGAUCAUCAUGAAAUCACAACAAAAAACAGUAUUUAAUUUUUAUCUGAUGUAAUUAUAACAUGCAGAAGGUUGUUUUUAUCGUGUUUUUACUUGACUGCACACUCUUUCUCUCAUCUCUCUCUCUCUCUCUCUCUCUCUCCCUCUCUCUCCCUCUCUAUCUAUCUAUCUAUCUAUCUAUCUAUCUAUCUAUCUUUCCAUCGCUCUCUCUCUCUCUAUAAUAUCUAUCUAUCUAUCUAUCUAUCUAUCUUUCCAUCGCUCUCUCUCUCUCUAUAAUAUCUAUCUAUCAAUCUCUCUCUCUCUUUCUAUCUAUCUAUCUAUCUAUCUAUCUAUCUAUCUAUCUCUCUCUCUCUCUCUCUCUCUCUCUCUCUCUCUCUCUUCCUUUCUCUCUAUCUCUAUUUAUCUAUCUAACAAUGUAUCUAUCUGUUGGAAUCUUUAUAUCCCAAUUAAGGGAAUGCUGCCAUCAAUGUUUAAACGCCAUCACAAAAGACAUGCGAAAAUGGUUUUUUUUAUCUUUAUCCGUCUCAAUUUUUGUCUUGAAAACCCAACAUAUUUCUGAGAUACAAAAAAUUCCCCUUUUUCAUUUUCUUAGAUCCGAUUUAAUUUUUGUCAUCCAAUUCAGGACACUUUCUCAUCAUUGCUCCAAGAUAAUCGUAAAAAUCGGAAGCAAUUCAUAUCUUCCAAUCCCUUGGCCAUUAUAAUGGAUCUUUAAACAAGAAAAAAAGCCUUUUUCCCAUCCAUGCUCCAAAUGAUCGUUGACUUUGGAAAUAUGAGGAAUUUAUAUGCAAAAUCCGGCUGGAUUUUGGUUAUCAAUCUUUCUUUCUUUCUAUUUCAGGGCAUGUUUGCUGGACACGCAUACUACUUCCUCGAGGAUGUCUAUCCCCGGAUGACAGGCCGCCGCCUUCUCAGGACUCCCUCCUUCAUCAGGUCUCUCUUUGCCGAUGACCCCAUCGUCGUCGCCCGCCCUGCCAACAUGCAGUUUGCCGCCCCUCCUGAUGAUCCCCAUGAGGACUGA